AUGUCUCAUACCGUUGCGCACGACUCCGAUCCGCAGGCUCACCGUCGCGGCUACCUCGCCGGCACCGACUAUGCGCUGCCGUACCAGUCGAGCUUCUCGCGAGCCAACGCAUCCGAUGCGGCCGUGUUGCGACAUGCCAACUGUGGCUACCUCUCGACGCCGGGCGUGCCGCCGACGCUGCUGGCCCUCAAGCAGCAUGCCCAGUCGCUCUGCUGCCUCAUCUCCAUGCUGGAGCCGCAUGCCCACGACAAGGCUGUCGUCGAAGCCGUGCCCAAACAACCGGUCUGGCUGGCCAAACUGUCUGAGCCGGCCGGGUACUCGGGCAGGGCCCAGACCCCGGACACCACAGACGAGGCCGUCCUCCAUGCUGCCGCUCAUCCGCCCGCGAGAGACGAUAUGGUCACGUACCAUCCCUUUGACUGGCUCGCUGACCUGAACACGCCCUAUGUCAACAAGGACCCCGACCACCAUCGGCCGCUGCACGACCUGGUCAACGAGGUCCGCACCCGUCACGAAGUGCUCGGAACCACCUUCCACUGUCCGCUGGAGACGCACCAGGCACGGGGAAGGGCCCCAUAUCAGCAGACGAACGACAGGGAUGAUGUUGUCGUUGCCGACGGAGAGGAAGGCGCCGAUGACGACGUAGACGAUGAUGAUGCCAUCCUUGUCCGCCCCUAUGCCAGCCAUCACAAUCUGCUGAUGCACGCCAACAUGUGCCUCGAGCGCCUGGACCAUGAGUUCGGCGACAUUGGCGGCCUGCUGUCGCUGCUGCCGGCGACGUUGUAUCCCGAAAGCAAGGAGGUGAUUGCGACGACACUCGACGCCAACUUCGACGACCAGGAAGACGCCGCCGCCCGCAAUAGUCUCAUCGGCCAGCUGCUCCUCUUCACACAGCAGCUCGUCGGUCGCAUGCACGAGAUGGAGAUCGCCUACGGCAACGCUCUGGACGCCCUGAGCGGCGAGGCCUGCGUGCCGCUACAGCUGGCAGAUGCUGUCGCUGCAGCCGUAGCAACAGCCAAUGCUGAUUCUGCACCAGCACCAUCGCCUCCUCCACCCACCCUCGCUGGCAUCGCCGACUUCGCCUCCCAGGAUCGCUGGAUCCUGGCCAACGCUGGCGACGACGUCUGGUCCUUCCUGCACGGAAUGCUGGAUCAGCAAGGCCGCGUCGAAGACACGACCACCGCCACUUGGGCGAAGCAGGGCGCCAUCAGCCGGCGCUCAACCGCCAGCGACCGCCUGUUGUAUGUGGACGUGAACACGCGAUUCUACCGCGUCACAGCCAGCAGUGCUGCAGGUUCCGCAGCUAACUCUGCUCCUUCCCGGGGACCACUGUUCGUGUGUCCCGCUUGGGAAAAGCACCCGGGAUUGCAGCCGGGGGCAGCCGAUCGUGAGACCCGUCCGACGGUGGUCAUGGUACCGUGCACGACCAGCAGUGCUGCCACGGCUGCAACGGCUGCCACUGCUGCCACGGCUGCUGCUCCCGGCACCAACCCUCCUCCCCUUCUCCCUUCCGUGGCCCGGGUCAGCAGCCUCGAGCACCGAUAUGACGGCCAGCUGCGAGCUGCAGGCAAGCUGGCGCGUAGCCACGAGCGAAUGGCCCAGCAGGUCCUCCAGCUGCGGAGGACAAACGAGCGACUUCUGGCGCAGAUGGCAAGGCGGGACGAACAGAUGGACAACCUGGAGGGCAGGCUGGCGAGGACGACGGAAGAGGUGGGGCAGCUGAGGGUGGCGACGGGCGGCACUGAUGGACGCGGCGAGAGCAAUGGAGCCCGUCACAAGAGAACACGAAUCAACCUUUAA